AUGCAAAAAGGCACUAUAGACUCUCUACUACGGCGCCCGAAUGUGGUCGGAUCCGAACACUUCAUUGGGGAUAUUAAGUCGCUGCAGUCGACGCCAGAUGCAGAUUCGCUGCCUCAAAUCAUCUACGAAGGUGAGCUUCAAGAAGACACAUUGACUGAUAUUGAUCUAUCAAGUACAAACCCACAGUCUGAAUGCCAACAAGAUACGCUUGAAAUUCCUGACUUUCACGAGGUGGGUGAAGUUCUUCCUAGCAUAUCACUCCUGGUUCCUCCCACGUUCACGUCCACCACCAAGUUGCAAGCUUCCAUGGACCUAUCAUCAUACUUGAAUGGGAACAGAAGACCGAAAGAAACAAACACGGAAUCUGAUCAGGAGAUACAAACGAUUAAUAGAGGCAACCAUAUCAACGAUCUCGAAAAGAGAAUGUUUAGACCUGAAAGAAAAUCGGUUAAUGUGAAGGAUUUCUUGUCGGGGUCCAAACCUGCUGCCAAACUGAAAUCGGUGGCUCCAGAUAUCGAGGUUAUUGAUGAAAUCGAAGCAAAGAUCUUUGAGAACCAAAGAAAAGUAACGGCCAAAGAUCUCUUGCUGGUGAGGAGUAAGACACCUAGGCCUAGCAUGUAUGUCACUUUAAAUGUGGACAAAGAAGCUCUAGCAUUUUACAAACGGUUCGAAAACUCUUUGAAAUCUCGAGGAACUUCUGUGUUUGUUCGAAAGCCAAAAUACGAAGUCACUUUGAAAAUACCUGGCCACAGACUCCAACAUUUUGAGUCUAGGAUCGAAGAACUACAAGAGUUUCAUGAAAAAAAGAAGAAUGUCAACUCAGUCUUCAGUAUGAUGAUGAGGGAGUCGGCAUCUGCUGCUGUACGUCUAACUCCACUUCAGAAACUCAAGGAGUUGGAUCCACCAGUUAUAAAGGCAUCUGAUUUUCACGUUUUUGACCUUGCUGAGGACAACUUACCGUUACACUCAGACUUCUUAGCUGGUCUCAAACCCAGGAGGCUGCACUUCCACAACAUAGAAGAUUCAUAUCAAUUCACGUUGGAGAAUGAUCUGACAAGUAUAAAUUACUCACAUACUCCCUAUUCAAUAUCUUUUUGCCAAGCAACCCAGCACCUUGAAAAGGCUUGUCCCCAAGAAGACCCUGUGUUUGCUGCCUUGCAUAAAAAUCCAUUUGACUUUGAUGCAGUAGAACUGCAAAAUUGGCCUCAAUUAUUUGAACCAAGUUCAACAUCAGCGUUGCUAUUGCCUGAUGAUACGAAAACACGUCUUCAAAUCUGGUUGCAUAAUUCAUUUGGAAGGCUCAAGACUCAGUCUUUCAAGGGACUGAGGAGAUUAAAGAAAAGAAAGGUGAAAAAAGACGAUGAAAUGGCAGGCUUCAUCGUUGAUUCUCCAUUCGAGUACGAGGAAGAAACAGAUGAGGAAGUGUUUAUGCCUUUACUUGUGGUUCAUGGAGAUACUGGUACAGGUAAGUCGGCAUCCAUAUAUGCUGCUAUGAAAGAAAUGAACGGGUACAUCCACGAGAUAAAUGCUGGCCAAGCUCGUGCAAGAAAGAAUAUACUAGGAAUGUUAAAAGAGCUCUGUACAACCCAAUUGGUUCAUGAACAUGAUCAAGAUGGUGAUUUCCAAAAGGGUAUAGUUCUCCUAGAGGACUGUGAUAUCUUGUUUGAGCAAGACAGGACUUUCUGGAUUGUUGUUCAAGAGAUCUUGGAGAUAUCGAGACGGCCCAUGGUUAUUACUUGUACAGACCCAUCUGUCAUUCCUAGGGCACUAUAUGAGUAUGCUUAUGAAGAAAAUGCAGUUCUCAGCUUCGACAAAGGAAGACAAGCUUUGAAUGAUACCUACAAAAAGUACUUGUGGGGAUGUUGUUUCUCACGCGGUUAUGAUCUUGAUUCUUUGGUGAUUGAAAACUUGAUCACCAAUCCAGGAAUUUCGAAGAACAUGGAUGUCAGACAAGCAUUACUUGCCUGCCAAAUGAUAUGUCAUAAUCAAAUAAAGCCAAACUACAAAGGUGAUGAAAUGAACAUCAUUCGGAUAACCCUUAACCAAACCCGUGAAGUCAAGCCACAGGUGCAUACGUUAGAGCACAUCGCAAGUUCUUUGGAUCUUCUUUCAAUAGCCGAUCUCACAGAGACGAAUGUGGCUUCUCAACUCAACCACGACACAAUAGAAAACGAAUUCAUUGACAUUUACUACAUUGAUGAAAGUAAAAGACUCAAACAAGCCCUAUUACCACAUGAACAAAGAAUCAUCACCGAAUUACAAACAAAAGCACUCGAUGCGUAUCCCACGAACCUGGAUUUCGAUUCUUACCACACUCACAAUGCAAUAAGAAGAUAUGUGAACGACUUUGUUAGCUCGAGAUCGAGGCCCGUUCCUCCUCUUCUACGUGGAUUGCAGAUGCUGAGAGAAGGACCUCGUACCACCAGAUCUAACAAUGGUUCAGAACGUUACGAGUUCUGGGAUCCGGAACCAGUGGGCAUACCCGAUGGCUCUGUAUCGUUAGUGCUUUCUCCUACACCGUUCACGUUGGAAUUUGCGCCGUUUGCUCGAUACUGGUGUACAUUCCAAGCAGGUUUGGAUAAGUGUGAUAAACAGACCGAACUAAGAACCAAAAUGUUUAUACAAUGGAGAGAAUUUCAGAACAAAUCUACUCGUCCAUUGCGGACUGCACCCUACAUCAAACACUAG